CUCAAUUCAAACUUUCGGUCAGAUUUGUUUCCAUGAUGAACCGGGAGGAACUGUCCGCGGAGACUGUGAACAGCUUUAGCAGACGUUGAACCUGGCAGGCGGCUGUCAGUGAAGUCCAGCUAGCUGUGUCACUCCUCCUGGACCUGCUUUCACCUCCUGUGUGGCCGGAGAGGACCGUUUGGCAGCGGAGCGGCCGUUGACGCUGUGUGAAUGUCCAACCGCUGAGAGCCACCAUGUCAGGUCUAACAGUACAGAGCGGGAACCUGCAGGAUCUGGAUGAGUGGGAUAUUCUCGACCCCGAGUUUCAGCAGCGUUUGGAAGAUGCUCGUACAUUGCUCAGGCAGGAGAUCCAAAGGGAGCUGAAGAUCAAGGAGGCAGCUGAGAGGCUGCGACGGGCCGUCACCAGUCGCAAGAGUGCGGCUGAUGUGGAGGGCCAACUCAAGGCAUCAAGCCGCAAGCUGGAGAAGUUGCUCUGGCAACUGCAGGAACUGAACGCAAGAGCUAUGUCCACAGAGAAAGACAGCACCACAGGUGGCAUGGAUAAAGUAGACAGCCACUCAGCAGAGUCAUGCCAGUGGGAGGAGGUCACAUCACCACUGGCCAGUCGAGUCAGAACCCUGAAGAAACAACUUACCAUGGAGAGCAAAGUCAAACAAGGCGCUGACAACAUGAUCCAGACUUACACCAACAGCUCAGUCAAGGACAGGAAGAUGCUCUCUUUGGCCCAGCAGAUGUUGCAGGACAGCCGCACUAAGAUGGAGCUGCUGCGUAUGCAGAUUAUCAAAGUCAGCCAAGCCAGAGAUGAGGAGCGGGAUGGCACACGUGGUCACCCUGAGGAGAUGGUCAGUCCUCUGGAACAGCACGUGGCUGAACUCAUGCACCACAUGAAGAUUGAAUUGGCUGUAGCAGAAGGUGCCAAAAAUGUGGUGAAACAGCUUAGUGGACGUAAAAACCAGGACCGCCGUAUACUUGGAGAGGCCCAGUCACGAAUGCAAGACUCAUCUCAGAAGGUGGAUUUGUUGCGACUGUCCUUAGAAAGACAUUUAAGAGAGCUGCCUCAGGACCAUCCCACACACACUGCAAUUAAGGAGGUAUUAGUUAUGGGAACCUCACCUUCCUAUGGUACUCCACAGAAACAGUCCAGUGCUCCAUCAUCUUCAUCCUUCUUCAAACCAGCCAGUUUAACAGGUCGAUUAGAGGUAUGUUUAAUGGGUUGCCAAGACUUGUUGGAGUCGGUACCUGGCCGUGGUAGUAUGACCAGUGUCUCCACAACACCUGGGAGCCUCUCAGAUGGAAAGUCUCUGAAGGUGAGAGCUGGCCUAUCAGGACGCAGUGCCAGUGGCAAGUCAACCAAGGCUGAUGACCUGUCCUCGGAUAUAAGUGCUGUGCUGAAAGUAGACAACAGGAUUGUGGGUCGCACACACUGGAGACAGCUGGGCAAAGAGGCCUGGGGCCAGAGCUUCAACAUUGAAUUGGAACGGUCUAGGGAGCUGGAAAUUGCUGUGUACUGGAGAGACUGGCGAGCUUUAAGUGGGGUAAAGUUCCUGCGGUUGGAGGACUUCCUGGAUAAUCAGCGACAUGGCAUGUGCCUCCAGCUGGAGCCUCAGGGCAUCCUCUUCAUUGAGGUGCAAUUUAUUAAUCCUGUCAUUGAACGCCGCUCCAAACUUCAGAGGCAGCAGAGAAUAUUUCCUAAAGAAAAAGGGAGGAACUUCCUUCGUGCUGCUCAGAUGAACAUGAAUUUUGCGACUUGGGGUCGUUUGAUGAUGAGUAUCCUGCCUCCUUGCAGCUCCCUGGAGCCUAUGAGCCCUCCAUUAGCAGGCUCUAAUAGUGGCCCCACAUCUUCUAGUACUUCUCCAGCACAAGAACCUCCUGUGGCGAGUCUGAAUUUUGAUGAAGAUCCACCAAGCAGCUCUCCACAUUUCCCAAGAAAGAACAACAAAGAAUCUCCACUGUCUCCUGGUAAGAACAAGAGCCCAAAGCCCAAGAGAAAACCCUCUAUCCACCCCCCACAGAGGGAUGAUGGACUCCAGAUGGAAGACUUCAAGUGCAUUUCAGUCCUAGGAAGAGGUCACUUUGGAAAGGUGCUGCUAGCAGAGUAUAAGAAGUCCGGCAAAUUGUACGCCAUCAAGGCCCUGAAGAAAGGUGACAUUGUGACACGAGAUGAAGUUGACAGCCUAAUGUGUGAAAAGAAGAUCUUUGAAGUGAUUAACGGCACGCGGCAUCCCUUCCUGGUGAACCUGUACGGCUGCUUCCAGACUGCAGACCAUGUGUGCUUUGUGAUGGCCUACUCACCUGGAGGAGACCUGAUGACACACAUUCACACCAGCAUCUUCACUGAGAAACAGACCCAGUUUUAUUCCUCCUGUGUGCUGCUGGGCCUGGAGUUUCUCCACCAAAACAAAAUAGUUUACAGGGAUCUGAAGCUGGAUAAUCUGUUAAUGGAUGCAGAUGGCUUUGUCAGGAUAGCAGAUUUUGGCUUGUGCAAAGAAGGAAUGGGCCAUGGGGAUCGCACCUCAACAUUCUGUGGCACACCAGAGUUCCUGGCUCCAGAGGUUCUGAUAGACAACAACUACACUCGCAGUGUGGACUGGUGGGGUCUGGGGGUCCUCAUCUAUGAGAUGCUGGUGGGGGAGUCUCCUUUCCCAGGUGAUGAUGAGGAAGAAGUGUUUGACAGCAUUGUCAAUGAUGACGUGCGCUACCCUCGCUUCCUUUCUCCCGAGUCUGUGUCCCUCAUUCAAAAGUUGCUGCAGAAAAAUCCUGAGAUGAGACUUGGAGCAGGAGAGGAGGAUGCCUUAGAGAUCAAGAGACACAAAUUCUUUCAGGGAAUAGACUGGGAUGCUCUCCUGGCCAAGAAGCUGAAGCCUCCCUUCCUGCCAGUCAUUAGAGCACCACAGGAUGUCAGUAACUUCGACAAGGAGUUCACUCGCCUGAAGCCAGUCCUCACUCUCCCCCGAACACCGUGCAUUCUCACUGCCGAGCAACAGGAAAUCUUUGCUGACUUUGACUUCUCCUUCAUGAGUUGACCAGAGGGAGUCAUGCACUGUCCUUAACAGGCAGCUCUUCUGAUUCAACAGAAGCUGAGAAACUACAGUCCUGCCUUUUCCAUUUUCAUAUCAUCGCUGUGGCCUGUUUACUGCAACACACUACUGUUCUCCUCAGGGAAAACAGCCUGGUUGAGGCUGAUUUCACCAUAGAGUUUACUUUUUAAUUUUUUUUACUUCUGCCAAAUUGAUUUUGUAUUGUUGUAUGCUGUUUGUCACCAAGCAGGACUGAAAGGCUAAACAUCUACUCAGAGCCAUAAUCUGGUCUUGCUUGCACGACCCUCUCAAGCCAAAGGACUCCCCUGUAAAUAAUUGUGAUCUUAAUGAAGAAAAUAUAACUGAAGGCUAGAAGCAAUGAAUGUAUCUUUACAUGUAGUCAUUUUAUGUGUAUACGUUGUUAACCUGUUAUGUUGUUGGAAAGUAAAAUGCUGAAAAAAGUCAUUUUUAAAAUUCUGCCAUAGAUAUUUCCCAGUUAUUUGGAUAUUGUAAAUAAUGCUAUCAUGACGAUUAUGAUUGUAUAGAAUAAAAUUCCGUGUGAAAAGUAUAAACCUACAUGAAGGUACCUUUUAAUGAAUAAAUGUAUAAAUGCUG